GUGGACGACGUGGUGGCAAAGGGACUUCUUUCCCUUCAGCGCAGCUCCCCUUUUUUUCCUCUCCCUGAUCAUCGUCGUCACUCUCUUCACUUCACCGACAACUCGCUGCACCCCACAACAUCGCACGUUCUCCACCUGAUUUUCAGUUUCCCCACUCUAACUGGCGAGGACUAUGGCAGAAGAAAACCCCAAAUGCUUCAAAGCGAGCUCAUUUCCCCAAGAUGAUCGAAACCUAUCUGAAAAAGCAGCCCUGGAAACAAACACCGAGAUGGCCAAGCAUUUUAGAGCAGGCCCAGAUGAUGAUUGUCAAGAAGAUCGACUCAGUGCCUUGCCAGACGGCGUCCUCUGCCACAUUCUCUCAUUUCUUCCCACAAAAUUGGCAGCUUCCACAUCCAUUUUGUCCACCAGAUGGCGGUACAUUUUCUUUGGUGUACCCAAACUUGACCUUGAUGAUUCUCUGCUUGUCCAUCCUCAAACACAAGAUGGAGGUACAGGUACCCAUGGUGUAAAGAAAUUUACAGAUUUUGUUAUAAGACUACUUAAGUAUUCUAAAUCAAUUUCUGCUGUAAGUGAGUUUCGUCUUAGAUUUCAGAAGCUGGCUGGCCAAAUAGUUGUGUUUAAUUCAUGGAUAUGUUCAGUGCUUCCUCGCAAUGUUCAAGUUCUUGGCAUUGUGGUUGAUAGAUUUAGCAAUCGAUAUCGGAAAGUUGGAAGUCUUUCCAACUGAAAUCUUUACUUGUAAA